CCUCAGGCUUAACGAGGACGCUCCGCUCCGGUUCUUCGGCUCUGGUGGCGACUUCCUCUCCGCGCCCCCCUCCCCCUCGCAAUGAAGAAGUCGAUUGGAAUAUUAAGCCCAGGAGUUGCUUGGGGGACGGCUGCAAGGGCAAUGUCUUCCAAGUUCUUCCUAAUGGCUUUGGCCAUAUUUCUCUCCUUCGCCCAGGUUGUAAUAGAAGCUAAUUCUUGGUGGUCGCUAGGUAUGAAUAACCCUGUUCAGAUGUCAGAAGUAUAUAUCAUAGGAGCGCAGCCUCUCUGCAGCCAACUGGCAGGACUUUCCCAAGGACAGAAGAAACUCUGCCACUUGUAUCAGGACCACAUGCAGUACAUUGGAGAGGGCGCCAAGACGGGCAUCAAGGAGUGCCAGUAUCAGUUCCGACACCGGCGGUGGAACUGCAGCACCGUGGAUAACACCUCUGUCUUCGGCAGGGUCAUGCAGAUCGGCAGCCGCGAGACGGCCUUCACGUACGCGGUGAGCGCCGCGGGGGUGGUCAACGCCAUGAGCCGCGCCUGCCGCGAGGGCGAGCUGUCCACCUGCGGCUGCAGCCGCGCCGCGCGCCCCAAGGACCUGCCGCGGGACUGGCUGUGGGGCGGCUGCGGCGACAACAUCGACUACGGCUACCGCUUCGCCAAGGAGUUCGUGGACGCCCGCGAGCGGGAGCGCAUCCACGCCAAGGGCUCCUACGAGAGCGCACGCAUCCUGAUGAACCUGCACAACAACGAGGCCGGCCGCCGGACGGUGUACAGCCUGGCCGACGUGGCCUGCAAGUGCCACGGGGUGUCAGGCUCGUGCAGCCUCAAGACGUGCUGGCUGCAGCUGGCUGACUUCCGCAAGGUGGGUGAUGCCCUGAAGGAGAAGUACGACAGUGCGGCGGCCAUGCGGCUCAACAGCCGGGGCAAGCUGGUGCAGGUCAACAGCCGCUUCAACUCGCCCACCACCCAGGACCUGGUCUACAUCGACCCCAGCCCCGACUACUGCGUGCGCAACGAGAGCACCGGCUCGCUGGGCACGCAGGGCCGCCUGUGCAACAAGACGUCCGAGGGCAUGGACGGCUGCGAGCUCAUGUGCUGCGGCCGCGGCUACGACCAGUUCAAGACGGUGCAGACCGAGCGCUGCCACUGCAAGUUCCACUGGUGCUGCUACGUCAAGUGCAAGAAGUGCACGGAGAUCGUGGACCAGUUCGUCUGCAAGUAG